CGUUGUGGGCAACUAGGAGGCUGGUGGGAAAGGGAUGCCGAGGUCAGGGCAGCGGCCGCAGCUCUCACUAAAGGAGAGCCGAGUCACGGCCUCCCAGCGGCUCCGCCUGCUCCCUUCUGCUCCACACUGGGCAUCCCUGGAGUCCAGCUCGGAGGGACCCUAGCGCUGACUCCUAGGCCUGCGCUGUCUGCCUGCGGGAUGCCCUGUGCGGUGUCUGCGCUUGCGUGUGCCCGUGGCGUUUGGGUGGUGUUCUUCUGUCCGGCCGUGUUUGUAUUUGUCCGCUGCUAGCGCUCACCUCAUCUCCAGUUGCUCCUAUAUAUAACUUAAUUGUUUCCCUAGAUCGUGAGCUGCUCUAGGGCGGGACCCGGCUGACCCUUUCCUUGUAUUUCCAGCCCUCGGCACAGAGCCCGACGCAUCCCGGGCGCUUCAUAAAGGUCGAUUUACUGAUUGACAGUGUCCAGGCAAUGGCAUCUCUCAACUUUUCGUUUCCUCAGGUGGCGCUUCCAAUUUCAAGGCUUAAGUCCAAAGAAAUAGUUUGGAGAACAUAUAUUUUGGGUCUCUGGAUUGGAUCGUGGUGACUUCUUUUCUGUCUCGUCCAUUUAAAUGAGCGACGCGACACACCCGCUCUACUGAGAGCUUCUCCCGAAGCCUUUAAAAAUGGCUCAUUCCCCGCUUUUUACAACUGAGGAAACUGAGUCUCACAAGUUAAGACUUAUUCCUAAAAUCACAGGAAUCAGAGCUGAGAUUGGAAGCCAGAGAGUGUCGGACUUCUUGAAAGUUGUCGUCCGUGAAUUGUUAAUUUUUAAUUCUUAGAGACUGUUGUAUUUUAUUUUUUACUCCACUUUUCAUUACCUCCUUGUGCAUCAGAGGAAGAAGUAAUCAUAAUAGCAAAAUAUCAUGGAAACUAAGGGAGAGGAGGAUGGUUCAUAGUGCCAAAAGUGCUAGUAUGGACAACAAUAACCCCAAUCAUCCAAAACUUAGUAAAACUGAGAAGAAAUUCUUGAGGAAACAAACCAAAGCCAGACACACAUUGCUGAGACACGAAGGCAUCGAAAGUGUAUCCCAUGCCACUGAGAGCUUGGUCAUUGCUAAUGGAGGUUUGGGUAAUGGUGUAUCUAGAACCCAGCUUCUUAGGGUUUUAGAGAGAUGUGGAUCGGUGGAAGCUCUCUUAAUGCCACCUAACAAACCCUACUCCUUUGUAAGAUACAGGACCAAAGAAGAAUCCAAAAGAGCCUAUGCAACCCUCAAUGGAAAGGAAAUGGUGGAUGACUUGGGACAAAAUAUCACUCUGUACUUAAACUUUGUGGAAAAAGUGCAUUGGCAAGGUCUCAGGCCUCCAGUAUUACCUCCAGGCCUCAUGAUUGUGGAAGAAAUUGUUUCUCCUGAAGAUGAGAAAAUGUUACUGGAAAGUAUUGAUUGGACUGAUAAUUCUCUUGGUCAAAAUGCUCAGAAAUCUUUAAAACAUAGAAAAGUAAAGCAUUAUGGGUAUGAAUUUCGCUAUGAUAAUAACAAUGUAGAUAAGGAUAAGCCCUUACCAGGAGGUCUUCCUGAUAUUUGUAAUACUAUUUUAGAGAAAUGUUUGAAAGAAGGACACAUUAAAUAUUUCCCUGAUCAAUUGACAGUAAAUCAGUAUGAACCUGGACAGGGAAUUCCUCCUCACAUUGACACCCAUUCCGCUUUUGAGAAUGAGAUCAUAUCUCUCAGUUUGGGAGCAGAGAUUGUCAUGGAUUUUAAGCACCCAGAUGGUUACACAGUGUCAGUUAUGCUACCUCAACGGAGUUUGUUGGUGAUGACAGGAGAAUCUAGAUACCUUUGGACCCAUGGAAUCACACCCAGAAAAUUUGAUGUUAUUCAAGCAUCUCAGAGACAGAAAAGUGGAGUUAUCACUAGUGAUGCUGGAAACUUAACAUUAAAUAAAAGAAGAGUGCGGACCUCAUUUACAUUUAGGAAAGUGAGGAGAACACCUUGUGAUUGCAGUUACCCUUUGUUCUGUGAUAGUCAGAGUUGUCAUCAAAAUGAAACUUUCCCCUCCUUCCCAGAGAAUGACAAAGAAGCCUCAGAACUGGAACAGGAAUAUGUCCAUAGAGUUUAUGAGGAGAUAGCAGAGCACUUCAGCAGCACAAGGCAUACCCCAUGGCCCCAGAUUGUGGCAUUCUUGAAAGCUUUACCAAAGGGCUCAAUAGUGGCAGAUAUUGGGUGUGGAAAUGGAAAAUAUCUAGGCCUGAAUAAGGAGAUAUAUAUGAUUGGUUGUGAUCGUAGUCAAAACCUCAUCGAGAUAUGUGGGGAAAGGCAGUUUCAGGCUUUUGUCUGUGAUGCCCUAACUGUGCCCAUUCGCAGUGAGACAUGUGAUGCUUGCAUUUCCAUCGCUGUUAUUCACCAUUUUGCAACAGCAGAACGAAGACUGGCAACCCUCCAAGAAUUGGCUCGACUCCUGAGGCCUGGAGGAAGGGCUCUCAUUUACGUCUGGGCAAUGGAACAAGAAUACAAUAAGCAGAAGUCUAAGUACCUCAAGGGGAGCAGGGAUAGUGAUGAGAAGAAAGAGCAUUUCAGCAGUGGUGUGUUGGCUUCAGGGCCACUUGGAGAGCAGAAUCCUGGCACCAGCAAUCAUGAUUCUGUAUGUUCUAUCUCGGCUAUUAAUGACUUGACAAGGGAGGAAGGUAGUAAUGCAAAUGGAGUAAUUAAUUCCAAGCUGCCAGUUCACAUUAAUAGGACUUCUUUUCAUUCUCAAGAUGUACUGGUUCCUUGGCACCUCAAAAGGGGCCCUACGAGAGAGAAACAUUCUGAGCCACAGAAACUUAAAUCUGAUCCGGUGGGUCUACCUGAUUCAACCCCUAUAUUUCACCGCUAUUACCAUGUAUUUUGUGAAGGAGAACUGGAAGCAGCAUGUAGAAUGUUAAAUAACAUAAGCAUUCAGCAAAGCUAUUAUGAUCAGGGAAACUGGUGUGUGAUUUUCAAAAAGCUCUGACUCUAAGUACUUCACAUAGGCAAGAUAUGCUUAAUCAUUUUUAUAAAAAUUAGUUGACCAUUUCUUUGGCUAAGAAAAAAGUCUUCUGGGGACAAAGUCCCAUCAAACCUAUUUACUAGAAAAUUGAAGAAGCAGAGAAAUGGUAGUUUAUCAGCAGACGUUUAAUCUAUAUGUGUACCCUGCUCUACCAUCUGGUUGACCUCAGAUAAGGCAUUUAAUCUCUCUUUCCAUCUGUCAGCUGGGAUUUAUAAUAUAGUUUUUUUUUUUUUAAGCUUUAUUCACAGGUACAUAGACUUUGUAAAAAAAAAACAAACGAAUGAAUUGAAUCAAAAAAUUGAAUUGAAAAGCUUUGAUAUCUUUAAAUUUAUAUCCUUUUGAUGGAAGGUGUUUCUCUUUAAAGCAUUAAGGAGUGCCUUAUUUUUAAAAUAUUAAUUUCAAAUUCUUUUUAAUUCAUGCAGAAAUCACAAUCUAGUAGUGUCUUAAUAAAUUUGUAAUUUUUAAUAAAAGAACUUAAAUCUUAUUGACACUUAAAUAAUUAUCCCUUCAAUAGAAACUGUUUGUAUUUUUAACCUUGGAUUUGUAUUUAUUUAUUUGGAGGGUAGAAUGGGAUUUGAUAAUUCAUAUUAAUCAGGAAGCUCUCUAACUUUGAGGUUCCCCCAAAUUUUCAACCUGGUCCCCUUUCUUUUUUACAUUCUCUACUUUCACACUACAUGAUAUUAGUUCCUAUCAGCUCAGUGAUCAUUUCUGUAAAUCAUUCCCAGAUCUAUAUAUCAAGCUCUAAUUAUUACUGAGUUACACAAUUUUAGUUGUCUCUUGAGCAUCUCAAACUAUGUUUCUUCAGGCAUCUCAAAACUCAACAUGUCUAAACAGAAUUCAUUUUCUUUCUCCCCAAAUCUUUCCCCUUCCAAUUUUCCCCAUUACUCUUGAGGAUUCCACUAUCUUCUCAAUUACACAGACUUAUGAUUUUGAUGUUUUCCUAGACUCAUCACCCUCAGCUAGCCCAUUGUCAAAUUUUGUUUCUACCUUUAUAGCAUCUCUUAUAUACAUACCUACUCUCCACUUAUUCUGCCACAAUUCUAGGUCAAGUUCUCAUCACUUCUUGUUUGGACUGCUAUAGUUGUCUUCUAACAGUCUCCUUACCUCAAGUUUCUCUCCAUUCCAAACCAUAAUCCAAUUAGGUGCUAAGGUGAUUUUUAUAAAUUAUAGCUCUGGCCACAUCAUCCCUCUGUUCAGUGAUCUUUACUGGCUCCCUAUCACUUCCAGGAUUAAAGAUAAUGUCUUCUAGCGUUUAAAGCACUACAUAACCUGGAUGUGAUCCCUUCCUACCUAUUUAAUACAUCUUACUUCUCUCCACAAACCUACUUAAACAUGACAUAGCAUCUCCCAUUCUUGCAGUGGCCAUACCUCCUACCUUGAAUGCUCUGCUCUUAGACUUAGCUUCUUAGUUUUUCCAGCUUUAUUCAAAUCAUCUCAAAUAUUGUCUUUUGCAGGAGGUUUUUCCCAGUCUCUCUGACUGAUGUCUUUUUUCAGAUUAUCUUCAUCUACUCUGUUUAUAUCUUCUAUGUAUCUACUUAUUUAUAUGAUUUCCCCUUAUAAUCUUUAAGGGAAGGAACUUUUAUCAUUUCUUUGUGUCUUUAGUGCUUCACACAAUGUCCCAUGCUUAGCAGAUAAUAGAUGUUGACUAACUGAAAAAGUAGGAUCAUUUGAAUAUGACUAUGAUGACAAAUUCCAGGUAGAAUAAUUAACCAAAGCUAAACUCACAGACCCCUUACAGAUCUCCAUGGAUAGAUAGGUUAACCGAGAAUCAGCUCUUCUAAUCCUCUUAUUAAAGGGUAUGAUGACCACAGAAGGGCCUAAUUGCCCUUCUGGCUAAAAAAAAAUAACCAUUUUACAUUCAAUGGAAACAAUAUUUCUUCUAUUUGGUUGUUCUAUUUCUUUUAACUGUUCUUUUUUGGUUUCUGUUGGAUUUUUCUUCCUAUUGUCACCUUAGUCAGGCCCUCAAAACUGUAUCAUUGUCCAAAGACCUUCUCUAAUUAUUCUUUCUCCAGGUGAACUUUUCUCCUCCAAUCAAUUUACUAGUCACUUUUAUGCAAAUUAUUCCUCAGCCCCCAUCUCACUUUUCCAACACAAAGUCAAAUUCAACAUGUCUACAUGGUCUUUAUUUAAUCACUUAGAAAGAAAGAGAUAGAACAACUGUGUAAAAUAGAAGCCUAAUUAAUAAAUUUGAUAGAAUUUUCUUAUUUAACUCCUUUUAGCAGUUCAGUUUAAUAAUAUGUGAAUAUGGCCCUGUAGCUGUGCUAUUUUGGAUUUGUGUGUUCAUUCAUUGAUGGCUGUCAAAUAUGACAUUAACUAUUACAAUCCUUCUAUAAUAACACCUGCAAACAAAUACAAUAGUUGUUUUGUACUCAGAGUCACCAACAAACAGAUGUUGUCAGUGUGUUGUGUGAAAGUAGAAAUGGAGAAAAUUCAGCCCAGAACAUAUUCCAGAUGAAUGAUAUUAGAGGAUGCUUUACAUUUCCUUCCUUUCUGUUAAGAAAUGAUAAACUUUGAGAUAAAAAUGUUACAUGUGCUGUCAGUUCUAAUAACUACUCUCUGGUUUUUCUUAACUGUUUUUCAAAAGAAAAAUACUGUUCUUGGAGAGAAUUUUAAUGGGGAAGUGACAGUUAUAUCAAAAUGAAAUGCAUCAGUAAUUUUAAAAAGACCAAAUAUAUAUAUCAUUCCUACUGCAUUGCCUUAAUUUGCCAGCCUAAUGAAUCUGUCAAAAGUUUAGUCUGGCAUGCCUUGCUAUUAGUAAAAAUGUUAUGUCCUGAUCAGCUACUUCUUAAAAUGUUAAUAAAAUAUUUUUAGUGAUUCAUUACAAGGAUAUUUUAUGAGAAUUGACACCAAUAACAAACUCCAUUCCUUUCUAUUCAUUCUUAAAAUUUGUUAUUCAGUCAAAACUUCAAAAAAUCAUAGAACAUAUUGACGAUGAUAAAAUAAAAUUUCUAAGACAAAAAUUUUGAGAAAGGUAGAGCAGAGGGUAAAGAAGAUAACUACAAGAUCAAAGUGGAGCUAUUUGGAUUAAGGAAAGGAAUCACAGGGACCCUGUUAGAAAAGCAGCAUUUUUUUUCAGAAACUAAAAAUUAAGAUAUCUUGCAGCUGGACAAAAGGACAGUUGCAAGGGGAAGAUAACACAGAUGGGAGUCAAAGCAGGGAAAACCGAGGAUGUAAGGCUGAAUGGACUCAUAUAUGGUGAAAGAAUGCUGGUAGGAUGGAGCCAAGUUUCUUCAGAAUUAAGGAAUGCUGAAGAAAUAUCUGGGCAUCCAUAGAUGGUGAACUACAUCAAGAAGAGAAGAAAAAGUAUGUGGUAUCUUGGAAUCAGAGCCAGAGAAUGUAGAAACAAACUCCAGCUCCUAUUAGUACCUCUGUGAUUAUGGCAAGUACCCCUGGGCUUUCCUUGACUCAUUUGUAGAAUGAGAGUAGACUAAUUGCCUCUAAGGUCCCUUCUAGCUAAUUAACCUAUGGUUAAUUAAUUUUACAUCCAGGGACUUAAGGAUUGUGUGUGUGUGUGUGUGUGUGUGAUAAUUUUGAAGUUUUGUCUUUGUACUAUUCUUUGACCUACCUAUAUUCCCUUUUAAAAAUGUCUACUCCUUUUUAGGAAAGAAAUCAUCCCUUGAAGUUUUCUAAGAGUUCUAGUGAAAACAUUGAGGAAUGAUAUAUAUUUUGGGGGACUGGAAGGUAGGUAUUGAGUAGGAUGACAGCUCUACUUCCAACCUCACAGUAAAGGAAAAGCACCAAACUGAAAAUAAUUGUUGGUGCUAGCACAGCCCAUCAAGGGUAGAGCAAUAUUCCAGGUCUGUGCCCUCUCAGGUUAAUUCAUACCAUUAAGUUUAUGUCUUUCAUAAAAAAGGGCUUCACAAAAUGAUUUGGGAUGAUUUAGAAAAUUUCAUAAUGCCAGUUGUUCAAGAUAUGUCUUAACAAAUAGUUUUGUUAAAUCAAUUCCAAAAUGCAAAAAUGUCAAGAUUUCUCAGUCCCUUCUGAGCCGAUUUAGCAUUCAAGAGAGAUGACAAAUUCCCAUAGAAUCAUAUAGGAAAAGUAGCAAGAGGUAGCAAAAAUGUUUCUAUAAUGACACUGAAGAGAUAUGGGUACUAGUUCUGGCCCACUCCUUAAUCAGCUAUAUAUAUCCUAGUUAUAGCUAGUUGCAUCUAGGUAAUGCAUUGAUUGGGGAGUGCUAAACCUGGAGUCAGGAAGACCUGAUUUCAAAUCCAACCUCAGACACUUGGGAGCUUGGCUAAGUCAUCUGAUUUCUAUCUGUCUCAGUUUUUCAUCUACAAAAUGGAGAUAAUUAAAAAUGAAAAGAUAUUUACAAAAUGUUUAAGGAGUUGCAUUCACCCUGUCAAUAAACAAUUAUGUGCCUUAAACUGUACUAAAUGGUAGUGAUACAAAGAGAAGCAUAUGAUCGUUUUCUCCCCUCAAGGAGUUUAUAAUCUUAUGGGAGAGAAAACAAGCAAAUAUUCACAAACAAGCUAUAUUCAGGAUAAAUAGGAAAUAAAAAUGGGAAUGAUUUCUAUAAAAUACGAAAUUAGUGGGAAGGCAUUAAAAUUAAGAGGAGUUGGGACAUGAUUCCUGUAGAAUAUUGAAUUUUAGUUGGGAAAUAAAGAAACCCAGUAGGCGAAGAUGAGGAGGGAGAACAUUCCAAGCAUGGGGGAUAGUCAGAGAAAAUGCCCAGAACUGAGAAAGAGAGUAUCUUGUUCAUGCAUCUUCUAGGAAGUGAGAGUCACUGGGCUAAAGAGUACUGCAGAAAGUAAGAUAUGGAAAGAUAGGCAAAGGCUAGAUUAUGAAGGACUUUGAAUGCUAAACAAGAUUUUGAUUUUAGAGGCAAUAGGAUGUUGGAGCUUGCAGGGGAUGGAGGAGAAUUAGUGGAUCAUUAUGACAGAGCCAUGCUUGAAAGCAAUUACUUACUUUCUUGGCUGAAUGGAGAAUGGAUUGGAGCAGGUGAGAACUUACAGUAGACAGAACUAUCAGCAAACUAUCACAGCAGUUCAAGUGCCAAGUGAUGAGGGUGGUAGCAAUGUCAGAGGAAUAGCAAUGAUUGGCUGACCACUAUGGGAGGCAACUUUUUCUUUUACAUAAAGAAGUUUAGUUAUCAACCAAUGAGGAAUCAUUUAUUAAGAACAUACUGUUGAGGUAUCCAGCGAGUAUCUCAGUAUCAUUUUUGACAGAAUUCAGGCUCACUCUCCAACCCAAACAAAGGCAUUUGGCUGGGAUGAUGCACCCAGUGGGCUCUAUUCCUUAAAGGAAAUAAGCACACCCAUGGAGUGAAGCAUUGUAGAAGACAGAAAAUAUUAACAUCCUGGGUCUGGCCCAAACCAAGAUCAACUGGGAAAGAAGGCAAACAGGAGCCAUGCAUGUGGCUAUCCAGAAUACAUAUACAAAAGCCCACUUGGGAGUACUGAUAUAUGGUAAUGAUAUUAUAAUAAGGCUGCCUGUAUCAUAAACUCACCCAAAGAUCAGCAAAAGCAGCAUGUUGGGAAAAGUCAUUUCUGAGGUCUCAUGUCCAACAUACUACAUGAUAAUGCAUUUACUGGUUAAAAUAUGCUUAACCUGGGCAACGGUGGCUCCUUGUUGUCUAGCAAUUGUUAACACAAUUGUUGCUGAUGUUGCUAUCCCAUCAAUACUAUAUAUUAAGACCUGUGCCAUGUGGUGGAGUUACAAAGACAAAAAUAAAAGUCUCUGCCCACAAACAGUUCACAUUCUACUGUACAGAAGUACACAUUUGAGUGUACAGAAGCUCAUUAUAGAGGAGAGGAUGCUAGUAGCUGAGGAACAGAAAGGACUCCCUGUAGAAAGUACCUCUUGGGCUGGGUUUUUGAGAAAAUUCAGAAUUCUAAUAAAGAGGGAUAGUAUUCAGGAGUGGAGGGCAGAGCAAAGGCCCAGAUGUGGGAGAGUUAUAUAUGUAAGUAAUACCAAGAAGGUCACUUUGACUUGAAAACAUAAUAUGUAGGCGAAAAAUAUUUACUGGGUUAGUAAAGAUGGAGGUUGGGGCAUAGUUGUUAAGGGCCUUAAAUGUCAGAGAAAUUUGUACUUCAUGUUAGAGCCAAAGAGGAAUCUACUGAAGUUUAUUUAACAAAAGAAUGCUGUGGUCAGAUCUGUGCAUCAUAAAGACAGUAAUAGUGCCUGCAACGCUCUUAUUUUUAUUUAAGUUUUUCCCAUAGAAAUAAUAAUUCACAUUUAUUGGCAAGUUGAGGUCUAUUAAACAUUUUGUUGCUUAUCAGGACUUUGUAAUUUGGAUAAUUUUUUUUUUUCAGUUGAGGGAACUGAGGCUCAGAAAAGAGAGUGAAUAACCAAAUCCUGUAAGUGUAUUUGGCUGGGAUUAGAACCCUGAUCUCCUGACUUAUGGUUUUUUUUUUUCAUAUAGAAUAAAAACAUUUUUCAGCAAUACCUUUUAGACAAAAGAAUUGCUUUUGUGCUUACAGAUUUUUUAGAAGGAUUUGUAGCUCAUUACCUCAGAGUUUUGGAGGAAAUUCAGAAUUCUAAUAAGGAGGGGUUGUAUUCAGGAGUGGAGGCAGGGCAAAGGCCAGACAAGGGAAAGUUAUGUAUGUAAGUAAUAUCAAGAAGGUCAGUUUGACUUGAAAACAGAAUAUGUAGGUGAUAAAUAUUUACUAGAUCAGUAAAGAUAGAGGUUGGGGCAUAGUAUGGAUGGAAGUGGAAGGUAGCGAAAAAAUGAGAUAUUAUAGUACAGUGGCAAGAGUACCAGGUAGGUACUCAGAAGACCUGGGUUUGAAUACCAUUCCUACUACUUACUUUGUGAUUCUGGGUAGGUCACUUCUGUAAGUCUCAGUUUUUUCAUCUGUAAAAUGGAGCUGCCUUACCUCCAAGAAUUGUUGUGAGGAUCAAAUGAGAUAACAUGUAAAGCAUUUUGUAAACUUCAAAGUGCUCAUCAUUCCUCAUAUAAAAAUAGGUGGGGGAGGAAGGGUUAGACUAGAUUACUUACAGAGUCCCUUUUAUCUCUACUCUUGGAGCUUACGUGCUUAUAUAUAUGCAUGUAUGUAUAUAUAUAUA